AUGGACAAGGGAAAAGAACCGAUGCGAAAGGAAGGUGCCCCGGAAAAUUCCGCAAAGAAACAAAACGCCCCCAUAGUAAUUCCAGACGAGGAACGUUGGAUGGAUGAACAACACACCCUCAAAGACGGAGAAGAGCAUCUGGAGGAAAAAGUCCGCCAAGUCAUGAGCAGGCUUGGAAUAAGAUGUGAAGACGUAGACAUCUCUCUUCGAAGUGACUCACCACUUGCAGAUUUCAUCAUCUCUCACGAGUUCCCUACAAAGUUCAGAUACCCUCCAAAUUUAGAAUCAUACGAUGGAACAGGCUGUCCCAAAAGCCAUAUUCACAAAUUCCAAGCGGUGAUCAAUGUUCAGACAAACUUAGAUCACGUACUGUGCAAGCUUUUUCCUACUACCUUAAAAGGUCUGGCGCAGGAAUGGUACCAAAGUUUAAAGCCAGGAUCAGUGCUGACGUUCAAACAAUUCUCAGGACUUUUCCAGGCUAGAUUCGUAGCAUGCAUCCCUCAAAAGAAGCUAUCCACAGACCUGCUAGCCAUCAUGCAAUGGGAAGGAGAGACACUCAGGAAGUAUGUAGAAAGAUUCAAUAAGGAGGCGAUGCAGAUAGAAGACCUGAGCCAGGAGAUCGCCUACACAGCAUUACUCAAUGGAACUACCAACUCCGACCUACGAAAGGAAUUGUUGGCUAAAUCACCAAAAUCUUUUACCACACUGAUGACCAUCGCACAUACACAAAUCAGAGUGGACGAUGGCCAGAGAGAGAUAGAGAAUCGCCUUGGACGGGUAGAAGAACGAACAUUUGCAGAAAGAAGAAAUGGGGACAGAUCGCCCACAGGAAAGAGGUUCGGCGAGAAAGGCAACGACCAUUUCAGAAACAAAAGGAAAAAAGACGAAGAUAGGCGAUAUACGCCCCUAAACACAACCAGAACCAACGUACUGUUUUGGGUAAAAGACAGCCGAGAGAAGGUCAGAUGGCCAAGGAAGAUGAACGCUGCAUCAGCCAGCAAAAGAGACAACAGCAAAUAUUGUGAAUUUCACAGAGACAACGGCCACACCACAGAUGAAUGCUGGCACCUGAAGGAAGAGAUAGAAAAGCUGAUAGAAAGGGGAUCCCUUUCCCAGUUCGUAAAAAGGGAUACCGAAGCCAGAGAGGCGGAAUCAGAAAGAAAGAAAGAGCGGAAAGAAGAAACCGCCAGAAGACCCAGACCAGAGCCAACAGGCGUGGUUAACGUAAUAAUGGGCGGAUCGACCGGAGGAGACAACAAUACUACAAGAAAGAAAGCUGCGAGAACAGUCUACUCAGUUAGCCCAGGUGCACCAAAUGCUAAGAAAUUCAGAAGCGUGUGUUUUUCAGAGGGAGAUAGUCAUGGCUUAUCAGUCCCCCAUGAGGACGCCCUAGUUGUCAAGGGGCGACUCAACAAUUUCGAGGUAUCUCGGAUGCUAGUAGACACGGGAAGUUCGGUAAACAUGAUCACAAUGGAGGUGUUCGGCAGAAUUGGACUCAAGAAAGAAAAUUUGACACAUGUCUCUACUCCACUGGUGGGACUAGGAGGUAAAUCUGUACAGGUGGAAGGAUCACUGGAGAUAAACAUCCAACUGGGGGAUGGAGAGAUCUACAAAGAGAUCCGAGCAGAAUUCAUGGUGGUCAAUAUGGACUUUGCAUACAACGCAAUUCUCGGAAGGCCACUUUUGCACGAUACGUGCGCAUCCAUUUGCAUGAGGUACCUACUGAUGAAAAUCCCAACCAGAGAAGGCGAUGCCGAAGUCAGAGGAUGCCAAAAGUCAGCCAGAGAAGCAUAUUUUACAGCUCUCAGGAAAGUACAUAUAACCUUGCCAGUACUAACAAUGGAACCUCCAGAGAAGAAGGAAAGGGCGGAGCAUUAUGGGCGAACCACGAAAAUCGAAUUAUCCCCAGGAAAGGAGAUAGAAGUGGGAGAUGAGCUAGAAGAAGAUAUCAAACGAUCUCUAACAGAAAACCUCAGAACGCUUGGAGACUCCUUUGCCUGGACAACAGACGAACUGAUCGGAGUAGACCCGGACGUCAUAUGUCAUCGGUUAAACAUAGCGACCGACGCGAAGGCAGUGAUACAGAAGAAGAGAAGGCACUCGCCCGAAAAACAACUCGCCAUCGCAGAAGAGGUCGCCCGGUUAAAAGCAGCAAACGUGAUCAAAGACGCCUAUUACCCCAAGUGGGUAGCAAAUGUGGUGAUGGUAAAAAAGUCCAAUGGCACUUACCGAAUGUGUGUGGACUUCACAGAUCUGAAUAAAGCAUGUCCCAAAGAUAGUUUCCCGCUUCCACACAUUGAUCAGUUAGUAGACUCCACAGCAGGUCACGCCCUCUAUACAUUCCUAGAUGCCAAGGCGGGAUAUCAUCAGAUACCCAUGGCACCUGAAGACCAGGAGAAGACGGCCUUCAUAACGGACCAGGGAUUAUUUUGUUACAAGAUGAUGCCCUUCGGUCUGAAGAACGCAGGAGCCACAUAUCAGCGGCUGGUGAACUCAAUAUUCAGAGAUCAGAUCGGAAAACACAUGGAAGUUUAUGUGGAUGACAUGAUCGUCAAAAGCAUCCGAGCUGAAGACCACCCAGCAGAUGUGAAGAUAGUCCUAGAGACGCUAAAGAGAUACCAGCUAAAACUCAAUCCGGAAAAGUGCGUAUUCGGAGUACCAGCAGGCAAGUUCUUGGGAUACAUGGUCUCUCAGCGGGGUAUUGAGGCUAACCCAGAUAAAAUCGAAGCGGUCUUAAAAAUGACGCCGCCACGGAGCAUACAUGAAGUCCAAAAGGUCAACGGCCGGAUCACGGCUCUAGGUCGGUUCAUGUCCUGCUCGGCAAAACGAUGUCUACCUUUCUUCAAAACGCUGAAGAAGAUCAAGAAUUUCACAUGGACGGCAGAAUGCCAGACAGCUUUCGAAGAACUGAAAAACUUCCUCUCGUCACCACCACUUUUGGCGAAGCCAAAUCCAGGCGACGUGCUAUAUUUAUACAUCUCUUGCUCUGACGAAACAAUAGCAGGGGUACUGGUAUCGGAGAAAGAAGGAGAGCAGUAUCCGGUCUACUACGUAAGCAAGGUACUAAGGGACGCGGAGCUAAGAUACCCAAGGUUGGAGAAACUAGCGCUGUGUGUAUAUACCGCCACCAUCAAACUCAGGCAUUAUUUCGAGGGACAUCAGAAAGCAGAAACAAGCGGACGUAUAGCAGAAUGGGCUGUUAAGAUCGGAAGCUUGGGCGUGGUCUAUGAAGCUCGGAAAGCAUUGAAGGCUCAAGCACUGGCCGACUUCGUCGCGGAACUAACAUUCACAGAACCAAUGGAAAACAAAGCAGUCCCCUGGGAGAUACACGUCGACGGAGCAGUUUGCGGGGAAGGGGCAGGCAUCGGUGUCGUGCUCAAAGGACCGGGGAAAAUCCAAAUGGAAUACUCAGCAAGGCUUGAAUUCUCAGUUUCCAACAAUGUUGCAGAAUAUGAGGCGCUGAUAACAGGACUGCAAUUGUGUGAAGAGCUCAAUAUCUCCGAAGCACAGAUCUACAGCGACUCACAACUGGUUGUGAACCAAGUCUCAGGAAAUUUUGAAGUCAAAGAAGCCACACUGAAGAAAUACGCCAAGCAAGCCAAAGCCUUCUUUGCAAAUAAUGGGCGAUCUUGGUCGUUACAGCAAAUACCCAGGGCAAUGAAUGGAAGAUCGGAUGAAUUGGCAAAAUGGGCGGCAACAAACAAUCACGAUUCAAUGAGAAAUAUCCCUCAUGAAAUUAAACGACAGCCUAGCUUCCAAGGAGAAAUCGAAGAAGGCGAAAUGCUGAUAGUGGAAGAAGAAGAAGAAGAAAACUGGAUGACUCCCCUCACAGUAUACUUAGCUGAUGGAACACUUCCGGAGGAUAGAAAGGAAGCUAAAAGGAUAGUGGUACUAUCAUCAAAGUUCAGAAUAUACAGUGGCCAGCUGUACAAGCGGUCAUUCACCCAUCCCUGGCUAAAGUGUGUAAACAAAAGAGAAGGAGAGUACAUCAUGAAAGAACUACACGAAGGAACCUGCGGAGCACAUGAUGGAGCAUCAACUCUGGUCAGGAAAGCCCUGCUACAAGGCUAUUAUUGGCCUUCGAUGAAAGAACAAGCAACAACGCUGGUAAGGGGAUGCUGGCCUUGCCAGCAACAUGCUUUGAUACCAAGAAAGCAAGCCUCAGAAAUGAAACCCAUCGGCAGUGCAUGGCCGUUCGCCCAGUGGGGUAUGGAUAUCCUGGGACCUCUCCCUUUGGCCACAGGACAACGGAAGUUCCUGGUAGUGGCAAUCGACCACUUCACCAAGUUUGGAAUACCGAAGGUGCUGAUCACAGACAACGGGAAGCAGUUCGACUCAGCAAAGUUUAGGAAGUUUUGUGCCGAGUAUCAGAUCGACCUAAGGUUCACUUCGGUUUACCAUCCACAAUCAAAUGGGCAAACCGAAGUGGCUAACAGAAUCCUACUGGCCGGACUAAAAAGAAGACUAGACGAGUGCAAAGGAAGAUGGGUAGAAGAACUCUACAGCGUCCUAUGGAACUACCGUACCACCCCUAGAGAAUCAACAGGCGAAACUCCAUUCGCCCUAGCCUAUGGAACGGAGGCUGUAAUUCCUGUAGAGAUCGGCGCACCCACGCCAAGGACAGAAGACAACCAACUGAACUUAGAAGAAAAUGAAGCAGAGCUCAGGAACAAUCUGGACCUCUUGGACGAAAAGAUCAACAGAUCAGACAUUAGGAUGGAAGCCUACAGACAGAAAAUGGCAAGACAUUUCAACAGCCAUGUGAAAAAAAGAAAGUUCGAAUUAGGCGACCUCGUCAUGAGAAAGACCGAAGUUAAAAAAGGAGCAGCAGGGACCGGAAAGCUGCAACCAAAUUGGGAAGGACCUUACACCAUCAGCAAGGUCAUUAAAGAAGGAACAUUCAAACUCACCAACUCCAUGGGAAUAACCAUACCCAGAGCAUGGAACGCCAACAACUUAAGGAAAAUUUAG